CAUAAUUUACCAAUGACAUUACAAUGGUUAUAUGUUUCUAUAUUUACAUUUUCACGCUUAAUGGACCCGUUUGAAAACAUAACAACGCAAAGUGUGGAGGAAGUCGAGAGAUUUUACCAGCAAUUCUUACACCUUUCACCCCUUGAUGACAAAUUCAGAUCAAACGUUCCGUAAGCAGAGACUUGAAGACGGGUCACAGGUUGAAGACUGCUAUGGUAUUGGUAACCAACCUGCCACAUUUUUAGACCUUCAUGAUGACAGCAUAUUUGAAAAUGAAUAUCACUUUCAAAACGAGGCUGUAACUAAUCAAGAGGUCGAUAGGUCAGAGGUUACAAUUUAUGACACACUUCAACGAAGAAUACGUGAACUGGAGGACACCGUGUACUUGCGGAAUAGAGAACUACAAAGGAGCAAAGUUCUUGAGAGGGAUUUUGAAGAGGCGUUGAUCACCAUUGCUAAAAGGGACGUGGAGAUUAGGCUGCUACGUGACAGCAAGGAGAAGUAUUACAAUGAACGAGCGUUUUACGAGCGUCAAGCCGCGGCGAAAACGCAGCAGUGCGAAAAUUACGAAGAACGAAUCCGUGAGUUGAAUCUUCAUCGUGUGGAGGACAUGCAGAAGAUAAGAGAGUUGGAAGAAAAUGUCAACUUUUACAAAGAGAAGUGUGAACUUGAUAUAACACAGAGAAAAGUUUUACAUGGAUAUCGUCUGGUCCAAAAGCAUGAGGAAACCCCAACCGAUUCUGGCAUCGGGCAUGAACCUAAUGCAUCUCCUCCAAAAAGACGACGUCACUUCCGGAAGUCUCUGACAAGUUUACCGAAAUGUAGAAAUUGUCAAACAGUGUUUGAUCAAUUGAGACCGCAUGAGAUUACAUGCACCUUUCACCGAGCUUUACCACAACCCCUAAAGGCUUGGAAAUCUCAAAUGAAUCUUGCUGACCUGCAACUGGACAAAAUGGACCUUAACGGCUACAUGUUUUGGCCAUGUUGUGAGAAGUACGGUCUAAAAGAACCUCCAGGCUGUCUCAAACUGAAGAGUCACGAAAUUAUCUCCCCUGAUGAAGAGUAACAAUUUACCAGUCAGUUAUGAGAUAUAUUCAGCUCAUUCUAGGUGCCAUAUAUUUAUAUUUACAAAACAUUUACAGAAAGUUCGAUUAUAAGAUGACAUUUCAAACAGUAUUACUUUCAUACAGUUGACUUUAUUUCUAUCUAACAACCGAUGUAGUCUAAAUAAAGGGUACAGAAAGUAUAAAAAAAGGGAAAAAAUAAUGAUUUGGCACUGAAUGUUUGAAAUACUUGUACAUGUAUAUACUUCAAUAUUCAUUUUGUAAUUAAUUUUUUUUACGAUCUUGGAUUGCAUGUACUUUAUACGUUUUGUGUAUAUUGAUUCUUUUUUGCUACAUUUCUAUCUAAAAACCGAUGUGGUCGAAAUGAAGGGUACAAAAAGUAUAAAAAAGUGUAAAAAAUAACGAUUUGGCACUGAAUGCUUAAAAUACUUGUACAUAUAUAUAUUUCAGUUUUCCUUUUGUAAUUGAAAAUCAUAUUUUUAUGCUCUUUAUUUGCUUGCAGUGAUAAUGACCUACCUUUGCUACAUGUACCACUAUAAACCAGUCUGGCCAGACUGAUUUUCAUGUCUGUGAAAUCUGAGCGGGCUUUACACUGUUUACUGCUGACAGGUGGUAAUAAAACCCCUUUUAACUUACAGAAUACAGUUUUAGAAUUCGAAGCGGGACAAGUGUAAUUCACAAAUUUGGCUUGACAAAGGCUAAUUGGCUAUAUAAUAUACGUACAUUGUCAUAUUAAGACUCGUCUGCGCCAAGUGAAGGAAACCAAAAACGUAUAUAAAUAUCACUGAUUCACCUUCUCACAAAUUGUUUGUCCCACAUUUUAACACUCCCAAAGUGAUUUCCUCACAUGCUCUGACGUAUUGGGACAGUUUAUCAGCAACGCCCAUAUAAAUUCCACUAUCGAAUAAAGCACAGAUAAUAUAUGCAGUGUGGCUUAUGCACCGGCUAAUUGUUAUUUACAUGUAGCCCCCACCCUAAGGAUCGGUCGGUGAAUAGCAGGGAUACAUAGCCGAUUUUUUUUAUCUUUUGAACUUUUCAAAUAUGGGCAAAGGAAUUUUUUCUACUGUUGUAAACAGUUUCCACUGGGCAGGGCAAUUUGCGGGGAUUGACCAUCAAAAAUUAUCGUAGGCAUUUGAUGCAUUUAUGUUUGUUAUCGAAAUGGCCCAAUAGAUUAUUUUGAUCCGUUGUUUUGUUGAUUUGUUCGGCGUAAAUUAUGUUGGGGUGGGGAAAAGGCGUUUCAUUCCUUGUGUUUAUUUAUACUGUAUAGGGGGUAUAUUUUGGAUAUUAUCAUUAUUAUUGAUAGAAUUUCAAGUUCCUGUGAAUAGAUAUUAUGUUAAAUGAAUUCAGUCUGCAGCGUAUGACAUGCUUAUUUGAAUAUAUAGGCGACAAUGAUAAAUUGAACAAAUUGUAGUUUAAGAUUACAUUCAAAUGUCAUAGAUCUAUGUUGUUUUGAAGCGAAAUUUGCAAAAUUAUUCAGGAACUAAAUGAUUGGAUAUCAAACAUGACGUCAUGCGUGACGUAUUUGUACAGCAUGUUACAGUUAACGCACAGCAUACAUGGAAGACGACACAGUUGAAAGCUUUCUUGGAAAUGUGUUCGUCUUAAGCUGCGGUCUCACUUACUCCCGGCAGAGCCCAGGACCAUCCCGGUAAGUUACUGGGAUGAUCCGGGACGAUCAGGGGUGAAAUUAUUGUUGCGGUUACACUUACCCCGGCAGCACUUCGUAGUUCCCAACUAACCACCAAGGAUGCGCUCCGGAUCAUCCAGGCAGAGCCCAGGUGAAGCUACGGUCCAUGCCGGUGCUUCCCCGGUCGUUCCCGGAUUACGCCGGAAUAGCCCUGGUUGACCCAGGCAGAGCUCCGGUCGAUCCAGGCAGAGCUCCGGCAGAGCCAAGGACGAUCCAGGCAGAGCCCCGGUAGAACCCCGGUGGAUUGAAAACGCCCGAAAAUUAUAACAUUGAUACAAAUUUUUUAUUUAAUAUAAUAUCUAUUGUUCCAGAAUAAUAAUUCAUGAUGAUUUUCUGAAAAAUCCGUAUGCCAUACUGGAUUGAAGGGAAAUGGGAAGGGUUUUAAUACAAACAAGUGCAAUCAUCGCAAAUUGUCGUUUUUCUUUUGAAAUGAUCCGGGCUUUGCCGGGGCUCUACCGGGAUCAACCGUAGCUCUACUUUUAUCCUCCGGGGCUCUGCCUGUAGUUACCGGCGCUCUGCCGGCAUAUACCGGGGAUCUACCGGGCUCUACCGGGGCUCUACCGGCUAUAUCAUACCCCGGAUCAUCCCCGGUUCGUACCGGCAGAGCUACGGUGCUUCCCCGGUAUAACCCCGGUCGUUCCCGGCAGAGCUAAGGAUGAAGCCGGCAAAGCUAUACCUUCCCGGAUCAUCCCGGACCACCCCGGUGAUAUUAAAUAUUUUAUUUCAUCCGGGGUCGAAUGCCGGAUGUUCCCGGAUCAUCCCGGAUCAUCCCGGACGUUGCCGUCAGAGUUACGGAUGUACUCCGGUUGUUCCCGGUCGUACCCCGGUCGUUCCCGGAUCACCCCGGACGUCUACCGGGGCUCUGCCGGGAUGUAAGUGAGACUGUAGCUUUAACGUACUUGAGCAAUGUAUUUACAAUCUCUUUGAUAUUUGUUUUAGCUAAAUAUUGUAUAUACAUGUAGUCUGUAGAUUUCUAAUAAAUAGUUUAAAAGUAA